GGUCGGAACCUCACCCAUGUGUCUGCACCAACCCGAGCCGAGAGCUGAUGGGAAAGAGUGGGAACGGUGGGAUUGGGGAGGUGAAGAAUUAUUAGCCACUGAGCUUCCGGUUAUUUAAAGCAUCUUCCUUCCCUGUUUAGUCGAUUUUUCGGCGCGAGACAGCGAACACUCGGGACGCGGCUUUCAUCCCAUCGGACAUUCGCCGGUCGUUUCGGCUGCAACCCCACCACAUACACGUUUAGCCGGUACACGCGAUCGCCAUAUAAGAGCGCGACAGGUGACACUUACUCCCAUCAUGCCUUGCGAAUCAAAAUGCGAAGGCUGCGCCUGCGGUCCGGCCGGCAGCCAAGGAGCGGUCAACAUCGAAGACCUCGACAAGGAAUUAGAAGCCCUCCGGAAGCGAACCCUGGAGCUGGAGAAAGUACGCGCUUCGGCGAAAAAGACAUCUUCGCUCUCCGGUGCACUGGGUGCUGGCCGAAAGCUACGGUCGACCCAUUGGUUCAACUCAGGCGAUGCGGGGAUGACAGCUUUGUAUAUUGAGCGGUACCUCAACUAUGGCGUGACAAGAGAAGAGCUCAUGGCUGGGAAGCCAAUCAUCGGAAUCGCGCAAACUGGCUCGGAUAUUUCUCCAUGCAAUCGGUAUCAUUUAGAACUCGCGAAAAGGGUGCGCGAAGGAAUCAGAACCGCUGGCGGUAUCGCAUUUGAAUUUCCAACACACCCAAUCCAGGAGACAUCAAGGCGGCCAACUGCAUGCAUUGACCGGAAUUUAUCAUACCUCGGCCUGGUGGAAAUUCUCCACGGUUAUCCAAUCGACGGUGUGGUGUUGCUGACUGGUUGCGAUAAGACAACUCCUGCAUGUCUGAUGGCCGCUGCCACAAUGGUAAGUGCUGCAUAGCUCAGUCGUUGCUCUACCUGCGAUUGUCAUCUAACAGUGAGUUCAAGAAUAUUCCUGCCAUCUGCAUGAACGUGGGACCGAUGAUCAACGGUUAUCUGAAAAACGAGCUAGCAGGAUCAGGUAUGGUAGUCUGGACGGGA